AUGACAUACAAAAACAAAACCCAUGUCUGCGACCUGUGUGGGCUGGAGUUUGAAUAUGCACAAGAGUAUCGUGACCACACAAAAACACAUGGAAGUUACGAGUGCGUCAUGUGUGGGAAAGUGAUAGCCAAGAGAGGGAUGCUAACUCAGCAUUAUGCUAAAUUUCAUGGACUGAAAUUGAGACCUGAUUCUCAGCACUUCUGUUGGAUAUGUGGAAAAAAAUACAAGUCAAAGCCAGCAGUUGCGUAUCACAUUACGACUGCUCAUAGUAAUGAGAAGUUGAAGUGCAAUAAGUGUGAUAAAACCUUUGGCCAUGUCAAGAAUCUGAAAGCACACAUGAAGAGACAUGGGGACAAGAACGUGGCAUGUGACAAGUGUCCUGCAAGGUUCUUCACAACCUCUGAGCUUGGGUAUCAUUACAAUGCUGUCCACCAGAAUGCCAGGUGCUGGAAGUGUGAGAUAUGUGGCACAGAGUUCAACAGAUCUAGUAUAUACAUCAACCAUAUGGAGAAGCACAAGUCGAAGAGGUUUGAGUGCACUGUAUGCUUCAAGAUGUUCCACCGCAAAGCACACAUUGAAGCACACAUGAAGCAGCAUGCCAACCCAACUGAUCCUGAGCCAGGCCUGGCAGGAAAGACGAAGAUCAAGAAGUACUUUCGUUGCAAUGAGUGCAGUGCUUUAUUUGAGAGUGAGGAGAUAAAGAGGGAUCACAUCUGUGGAGAUCGUGUCAGAGUAAUAAAGCGGUACAUGUGUGACCGAUGCAACUUUUCCUUCCAGUGCAAAGAAGACCUGGAGGCACACACAUGUAGCCAAAACUCCUCGCAUAUUCUAGUCCAGCCAGAAAACAUAGCUGAGGAUGUCCAGAUUUAUGCAGAAGCUGGGAACCUCGAGCCAGGUUCAAUAGGCAUCAACACAGAUGAAUGGGAAACGUGCUUUGUCGUUCUCUCAGAAAAUGGCGCUAAUGACCUGUGUAUGCUGGCGCUUAUGGCCUUGCUGUUCCCAAGAAAUAACCCGAGUUGGGCUCUAACAGUCGCAUUACAGGUGACUCGCCCCCGGGAGCCUGGCAAGCGAGUCCCCGUGCUCUCUUGGAAGAUGCGCCUGAGCAUGGCUGAGCUGUCACGCAAAUCCAAGUCCUUGCCACAGUCUGAGAGCCAGAGGGAGGCUAAAAAGGAGCCAAAAGGCCCUGAGGAUGGCCAGGAGCUGAGGGCCAAGCGCCAGUACCGCAAGCGGCCACACAUCAUUCACCUGUGCAAGUUCUGCAUGAAGGUGUGCCCCACAGGAGAGAAGCUGAAGGAGCACCAGAGAACACAUGACUCCAUUGAGUGCCAGUUCUGUGGCAAGGUAAUGGCACGCAUUGGGGCCUGGGAAAACCACCUCAAGACCUUCCACAAUGUGGAGAUCCAGGUGCCAGGCAGUGAAGAGGCACUCAACCGUCCCAAAGAGGAGGUCAAUUGCCGCAUCUGUGGCAAGCAGUUUUCCUCCAAGACUGCAUUGGCCUAUCAUUCAAAGCUCCAUGAUGGUAAGACUUACACCUGUGACAUAUGUGGCAAAUUAUUCAACCAUCCUAGCAAUCUCAAGACUCAUAAACUAAGUUUGUCCUCGACUCUGUUUUGA